CUCCUCAUCUUUCACCUUCCCAUUCCCUUCAUCCUCCCUCCCUCUCCGGUCUCCAUAUUCCAAGACCCAUUACUCGCAGCGCUCUCUCUCCUCUCUCUGUGUUUCUCCAUUGACGCUGUGCUUCCAAAAGCUCACAGAGAAAAGAAAACCCUCCAAAAACCACCUCUCACAUCUUGCUGAUUUACGCAGCUCCCAAAUACUAGUUUCUCGAUCGCUUAAGAUGGCUACAGAGCAGCUUUUUCCAGAGGUUGUGGCUCAAGAUAACUCCAUUGGACAAGAUAAAUGUUCCUUUGAAAAAUGGAAUACCGUAUCUGAUGGAGUCGCGGACUCUGACAACAAAUCCUGUGGCACCUUCGACUGCAGCAUCUGCUUAGACUCUGUGCAGGAUCCAGUGGUCACCCUCUGUGGUCACCUCUACUGCUGGCCUUGCAUAUACAAGUGGCUUCAGUUCCAAGGCCCGUCUUCCGAAAACCAAGAUGAGCAGAAACAGCCCCAGUGCCCUGUAUGCAAAGCUGAAGUCUCCGAGUCCUCUCUAGUCCCACUCUACGGCCGAGGACAAACAACCAAACCCCCAAAGCCCUCCAAGGGCAAGGCUCCUCAUCUUGGUAUAGUGAUUCCGAGAAGACCCUUUCGUCCUUGUGGGGUUGACACACCGCGAUCAGCCCGUACCCCCACCAGUCAAUACGUUACCCCGCAACUUCAUCAUCGGAGUUCUCCUUACGGUUCACAACCAAACAGUCCCCUACAAGAACCAAUGAAUAGUCCUGGCGUCGCCACAACCGCGAUCAAUCCAGUAGCUGACAUGUUUGGUGAAAUGGUAUAUGCAAGGGUUUUUGGCAACUCGUUAACAAACUGGUAUACCAAUUCGAAUUCGUAUAAUCUGGCGGGGAGCGGUAGUCCGAGGGUUAGAAGGCAUGUAAUGCAGGCUGAUAAGUCGCUCAGCAGAAUAUGUUUUUUUCUCUUCUGUUGCUUUAUGCUGUGCCUUGUUUUGUUCUGAACAAAUUUUUACCUCCCUUGCCUGAUUGUACCCCUGUAAAAAUGAGUAGGAAGAUUAUAUGAAAGACGUGCGGAUUCAACCA